GUUGUCUUUUUAGUUCAAUGUUUUUCUUUCUUGUUUGGUUGCAAAAUGUUACGGUCUUUAAAGCUUCUUGCAAGUGGAAGGUUCCAACAUUCGAGUUACAGAUACACACUAGAUGAAUUUUAACAACGUGAAUGUUCCAAAGGUUCCUGGUGGCGGACUCUCUGCUUUGCUUAAAGUUAGCAUAAUUGGUGGGCUUGUUGUAUAUGGGGCUGCUAACACCUUGUACAAUGUUGAGGGAGGCCAUCGAGCCAUUGUCUUCAAUCGUAUAGUUGGUGUCAAAGAUAAGGUCUACCCAGAAGGGACACAUUUUAUGAUUCCAUGGUUUGAGAGGCCUGUGAUCUAUGAUGUUCGUGCACGGCCUCAUUUAGUGGAGAGUACUUCUGGAAGCCGUGAUCUCCAAAUGGUGAAAAUUGGACUUAGAGUCCUUACACGCCCUGUGCCAGACCAAUUACCAACAAUUUAUCGAACCCUGGGUGAGAAUUAUAAUGAAAGGCUCCUGCCUUCUAUUAUACAUGAAACUCUCAAAACUGUGGUUGCACAGUAUAAUGCUAGUCAACUCAUUACUCAGAGAGAGGCUGUUAGUCGAGAAAUAAGGAAGAUACUGACUGAAAGGGCCUCCCAUUUUAAUAUGGCAUUGGAUGAUGUAUCAAUCACAAGUUUGACAUUUGGGAAGGAAUUCACAGCUGCAAUUGAAGCCAAGCAAGUUGCUGCUCAAGAAGCUGAGAGAGCUAAAUUUGUUGUAGAAAAAGCUGAACAAGACAAAAGAAGUGCUGUUAUUAGAGCACAGGGUGAAGCCACGAGUGCGCAAUUGAUUGGUCAAGCUAUUGCCAGUAAUCCGGCAUUUAUCACCUUAAGGAAAAUUGAAGCUGCAAGGGAAAUUGCUCACACAAUUUCAAAUUCUGCCAACAAGGUUUACUUGAAUUCAGAUGAUCUGUUACUGAAUCUUCAGGAGUUAAAUCUGGAGCCCAGUGGGAAGAGAUAGUUGUGAGGCUGAUUCAUAUAUUUACUUCAACUUCACUUUUUUGUGGUAUGAUUUUUCGUUUUCACUUGUAUGUGCGUUCUAUCAACUGUUCAAAUAUGAGGUUCAGCGUAGGUCAUUAUCUUUAAAUGGAGCAUGUGAAAACAAGGGAGGUUCAAUCAGGUUUUAUUGAUUUUCAGUACUUCUGUUCCUGAAUAGUAUCUUUGUGCGAAUGUCAGGGAAUUGCGAUUGAUUUAUUAUGGCAUUGUGAUUCUGUUG